AUGUCAGCUCUUCCUUUCUCUCCCCCACCCAUCCCCGCUCUCCCACAAGGCUGGUCAGAACAUAUCGGUCCAACCGGCGUGCCCUAUUACUACAAUGCCUUCACUCGCGAAUCAACCUAUACUCGGCCCGCCCCACCUAUCCCCGUCCCCCAAUCUGAUCAAAUCAAAAAGGAGAAACCUCUCCUUAAAACGCCAAUUCCUGGAACUGAUUGGCUGAAGGUGACUACGACCGAGGGGAACAUUUUUUAUUCUCACAAAGUCAGGAAAGAGAGUGUGUGGGUGGUACCAGAAGAGCUGAAGCCAGUCUUGGAGGCGCUCCAAGCUCAAGAGCGUGGUGGUAACGAAGAAAAUACGUCCUCUGAGGGUAAAAAGACGAAAGACAAGGCUAAGAGGAAAGCUGACGAGUCCGUUCCGUUGGACGAAAUUGUGGUCAACAAGAAGGCCAAAGUUGAAGAUGAAGCUGAGGAGGACGACGAAGAGAGUGACAGCGACGAGGAAGAGGAGGACUGGCAACGUGAAGCUGCUGCACAGCUCGCGGCAGAGGCCCAAGAAGAGCGAAAGCGCGCCGAGAUGGAGAAUGGCCGAGAGGCGGAGCAAGAGGCUCAACGCGCCCGCGCUGCGGCUGAUAUUGUUAUUCCAGAGAGGGUUGACCUUUCGAUCGAGGAGGGUAAGGCGUUAUUCAAGACACUGCUCAGAGAAAAAGAUAUCAACCCACUUCACCCUUGGGACACGUCUCUCCCAAAGUUUAUUUCAGAUCCUCGUUACGUGCUUCUCCCGUCUGUCACAGCACGUCGGGAAGCUUUUGAUGAAUACUGCAAGGAACGGGCCCGAGAACUCCGCCAGUCCUCCGUCAAGAAAGAGAAAGAGGCGGAUCCUAAAGAAGAGUUCGAGCGCCUCUUGAAAGAGGAAGUAAAAAGCACAAGGGCAAGCUGGACCGAUUUCAAGAGAGCAUGGAAGAAGGACCGUCGUUUCUAUGGUUGGGGUCGAGAUGAUCGAGAGCGAGAGAAGAGGUUCAGAGAAUUCUUAAAGGACUUGGGCGAACAAAAGAGGCUUGCCGCUCAAAGGGCAGAAGCAGACUUCUUUUCCUUGUUGAAAGAGAAUGUGGUUGUUACCGAAGGUAUCUCAUGGAAAGAGGCAAAAAAGGGUGUUUAUAAGGACCCCCGUUACGAUGCAGUGGGCUCAUCUUCACUCCGAGAAGAGCUGUUCAACACCUUCGUCAAAGGCAAGGCCUCUGAAGUGUCUCAAACGCCGGACUCCGGUAAGGAGAGUGCGGGGACUCGACAUCCCACCGAGGGCGCAGAAGACCGCCAGGAACGAAGGAAUAAGGCCGUGAAAGAACGCGAAGAAAAGAUCAGGGCAGAACGUCAACGUGUAGAUGCUUCCAUUGAAAGGUCGAGAAUGGAUGUUAACAAGGAGGAAGGCGAACGAUCAUUCAUGACAUUGCUCACAGAUGCCAUCCGUGAGCCCCAGAUGACCUGGGAGAAGGCCCAACCCCAGCUCAAAACAGAUCCCCGUUUCACUAAUUCACCUCUUCCUCUCAAUCGCCAAGUGCAUCUAUUCCACGAGCACAUAGACCGGCUGCGAGGAAAGCAGAUACACAGUCUACACGCUCUCUUCGAAACACAUGCACCGUCCUUGGCGACUAACUUCAACUCCCUUCCUCUCGAGGCCCUGCUCUCCUCGUCGCCUGUCACCAGACUGGAUUACAACAUUGACAGGCUUGAAGACGAAUUCGACAAAUGGCAGCGAGAAAGAACUAGUGCAGCACGCGUCGCUUUUGACCAGAUGCUGAGCGAGAACUCCUUCGUCGAGUUUUGGGGUCGCCUCGGCAAGAUUGGCACUGAAAAGCUCGACGGUGGCUUGAAGAUAGAGGACGAUGACAUUGGCGAAGGUGAAGAGGAGAAAGUCGAUAUGAAGGUCCUGGCCAAAAACGUGGACAUCGGAGAUAUGGAGAAAGUUCUCAAGUAUGACAGACGCUACAUCAUGUUUGAUCAUGUCCCAGAACAAAGGGAACGGUGGCUUCGGGAUUACUUGUCCCAACUCACUGCACCCAAGCUAUCCGUUCAUGUCAGCGGUUGA